AUGGUUUUACGUCGUCGCUCUAAACGUCUUAAGUUAAAAUACUUAAUAGCUGUGACAAUUAUUAGUUCUCUUAAUUUAAUUGUUAUCAUUUUUGUAAGAAAAUAUUUGAAUUAUACUUCAUUGCCAUCAACAUCAAGUACAACAACCUCGACAUCUUCAACAAGUAUUACUCAUUUUUUAUCGGAAACUUCUAUAGAUUCAACUCAUCUUCUAUUGACAUCUUCGAUAAUUGGUUGUCGUCAAUUCCCUGCGUAUAAUAAUCGUUCGUUUUAUGAACGUGAAUAUCCUCAAUUAAAUUUACCUAAACGAAUAUCGAAUUUAUCAUAUAAAAAUAUUCUUCAUCAACUUCAUUCACUUCGAUUAAUUAUUAUAUCAUGUGUUCGUAAUGUUGCAUCUAAAAUUGAUAAAUAUCAAAAGCAUAUUGAACCAAUUCUUGAUCUUUUUCAUCCAUCAUCUCGUAUACUUAUUUUUGAAAGUGAUUCAAAUGAUAAAACAGUAGAAAAACUUUAUCAAUGGUCUCGCGCACAAGUUUAUACAUAUGGAACACUAUCAAAAAAAUAUCCAGAUACUACCAAGCGCCUUGCUUAUUGUCGUAAUAUACUCCUUGAUAAAGCACAUAGUUUAAAAGCUGAUUAUAUCCUUAUUACCGAUAUAGAUAUAUUUUCAACGACUGUUUCUUCUUUUCUUUCAAAUUUUCAAUAUAAUAUAAAUGAUUGGUCUGUAAUGACAGUCUCAUCGAGUGGUUUAUAUCAUGAUAUUUGGGCAUUACGUACAUUAUCGAAUUCAGUUAUGAAUUAUGAUGUAUGGAAUCGAAUAGAAAAUUUAGAAAAACCUAAACAUAACUAUUGUAAACAAUCACUUAUUAAAUCAAUUAUUGGUAUUCAUCAAAAACAUAUUCCAAUUGAACGUGGUUUGAUUGAAGUACGAUCAGCUUUUGGAGGUGGUGGAUUAUAUAGAGCAAAUUCAACAUAUCAAUGUAAAUAUAAUAGUAGAAGUUCUACUUGUGAACAUGUACCAUUUCAUUUAUGUAUACGAGAUAUGAAUGAAGCAAGAAUAUUCAUUAAUUCUCAAUUUCAAAUUGUUUAA